UUUAACUCCACACACGUAGUGUACGAUGAGUUGGCUGUCAACCACUUUUAGACAUAUUUUUAUUCUCACACUUUUGCUCGCGAUUUGGGCUUCAGUGCAUCCGCGAUGGGAACAGAUGGCCCACAAGGUGGCCAGGCAGAUGAACUUCACCAACGAGUAUAGGAUCCAGAGGGCCUGGGAGGAGGUGCAGGCCGUGGAGAAGCAGGUGCACAGCUACUACCACCGCAAGUUGGCGAACAAGAAAAAGUCGGAUGCCCAAGGCGUAUUGGAUAGUGCCUACGCCGAGACGAGGCACUGCGUCAGAAGAUUCUACGAGGGCGAGCAGGAGGAGAGGUUUGGGGACUGCAUCCGACACGUAAUCGAUCUGCACCUGGGCAGACUGCAGGCCCACAACAAAAUUGGCGAGGGGCAGCAGGCGAGCGGAGCAAGCAGACUUAAAGUCUGGCUGUGAUAUGAUACGAGAGCCUUGGCCCGAUCCCUGGCAGGCGUCAAGUCUGCUUUCUUUGUGCCCUCCACCCUCUGUUGUACUUUAAUUAGACAGUCAACUCGAGACCCGA